AUGGUAGCAAACAACGGGCUAAGGGCAAAUCCAAGCCGCCGGGAACUUAAGUUGUCCUUGGUCACUCACUGGGCACAGCACCAUCGGGCCAGGAAUGUAUUCUUAAGGGAAGAUACGGAGUUGGGUAUCCUUGUAUUCAUCCAUGAAACAGAAUAUUUAGCUGGAACCAGCAAUGAAGCAGCAUGAUGUGUUUCUGAAGAAGAAACACGUACGGAGAGUAGCAGCGGGUCCCGUGCGAGGGUGCUAUCUCGCCCAGUGAAAAAAAUAUUAGUCGAUUUAGAAAUUGAAGAAACAAAACGUAUGUCAAACAUUGACUUGUUCUAUUCGAAGAAUUGCAAGUGCUGAGAUUAAAAAAGGAAAAAUAUCUGUGGGAGAAAAAUAUGAGGGAAAGUGAAUGUGUUGUUUUCCACAGUAAAUAAAGAAAAUUAUACUUACAAAUUAAAAUC